AUGCCUGGCCCUCUGAUUCUUGGCGGCUUCUCCCCCGCCACCGUGACACCCGAAGCGCGUGCCGCCUUGGAUCGUGCCCUCCAAGGCUCAGAUCUGGCUGUGACCAACAUUUUAUCUGUGCGCUCGCAGGUCGUGGCCGGCACCAACUACGAGUUCGAGGUGGAAGGAUCGAGCGCCUCCCACAACGAUGCCACCCGCUUCGUGGUGAAGGUGUUCGACCAGCCCUGGACCAACACCACGCAACUCACGUCUCUCGCCACAGCCACAGCGCCGCAGUGA